CGAGUAGUUUGUUCUCACAGUCAGUGGCCUUUGGCUUUAUUUAAACCAUAAAUGUAAGUUUUUAAACUCAGGUUCUCUGUUGUUUGCUGAUGCAAGGCUGUCUAUAACAAACAGAGUUUGAUCGUUGGAACUCAAGAACACGGACAUGUCUGCUGUGACUGCGUCGAUAUUCUUAACUUUGCUGUUUGUCGGAGUCUUCGUGUUUGUCUCUGCAGAACAGAAAACCAUCACAGUUGCAUCUGGACAGGACGUUAUCCUGCCAUGUCGAGUUCCAAAUAAAAAUACAAACAAAUUUGUACAGUGGAGCAGAGCUGACCUGGAGCCGGAAUAUUUCCUUGUUUAUUGGGAUGGGAAGUUUCUGCCAAAUAACCAGCAUCCAUCUUUUAAGAACCGGGUGGAUCUGCAGGACAGACGGAUGAAGGAUGGAGACGUGUCUUUGAUUCUGAAGCAUGUGAGCAGCGCUGAUACUGGAUCAUAUGUGUGUCGUGCUUUCAUGGAAGAAACACGUUCGUGGAAACCAAUCAGCAUCAUCAACCUGAGUGUUCCUCCAGACAUGAAAACCGUCACAGCUGAGUCUGGACAGGACGUCACUCUGACAUGUCGAGCUCCAAAUAACAACAACAUCAAAUCUGUACACUGGAGCAGAGCUGAUCUGGACCCAGAAUAUCUUCUUGUUUACAGAAAUGGACAGUUUUUUCCAGAAAACCAGCAUCCAUCUUUUAAGAACCGGGUGGAUCUGCAGGACAAACAGAUGAAGGAUGGAGACGUGUCUUUGAUUCUGAAGGAUGUGAACACUGCUGAUAAUGGAACAUACAAGUGUCAAGUUUUCAUGGAAGAAACAUGCUCAUGGAAGCUCAGCAUCAUCAACCUGAGUGUUCCUUCAGAUGAGCAGCACUUCAUCACAGCUAAAUCUGGACAGAUCGUCAUUCUGCCAUGUCUAACUCCAAAGAAAAACAUCAAAUUUGUACAUUGGAGCAGAGCUGAUCUGGAGCCAGAAUAUCUUGUUUUGUACAAGGAUGGGAAGUUUCUUCCAGAUAACCAGCAUCCAUCUUUUAAGAACCGGGUGGAUCUGCAGGAGAGACAGAUGAAGGAUGGAGACGUGUCUUUGAUUCUGAACAAUGUGAACACUGCUGACAAGGGAACAUACCAGUGUCGUGUUUUCACAGAAGGAGCACGGACAUGGAAAACCAUCAGCAUCAUUAACCUGAGUGUUCCUCCAGACCAGAAAGUCAUCGCAACUAAGUCUGGCCAGAAUGUCAUUCUGCCAUGUCAAAACCCAGCCAACAAGAUCAAAGCUGUACGUUGGAGCAGAGUUGACCUGGAGCCAGAAUAUCUCAUUUUUUACCGUGCUGAGCAGUUUCUUCCAAAUAACCAGAAUGAGUCUUCUAAGCAUCCCGUGGCUCUUCAUGAAAGGCAGAUUAAAGAUGGAGACGUGUCUUUGAUUCUGAACAAUGUGAACACUGCUGAUAAUGGAACAUACGUGUGUCGUGUCUUCACGGAAGAAACACGCUCAUGGAAAUCCAUCAGCAUUAUCGACCUGAAUGUUCCUCCAGAUCAGAGAAACAUCACAGCUGAGUCUAGAAAGAGUGUUAUUCUGCCAUGUGGAGCUCCAAACAACAAAAAGAUCAAAUUCAUACAUUGGAGCAGAGCUGACCUGGAGCCGGAAUAUCUACUUGUUUACCGGAAUGGGCAGUAUCUUCUAGAUAACCAACAUCCGUCUUUUAAGAACCGGGUGGAUCUGCAAGACUUACAGAUGAAGGAUGGAGACGUGUCUUUGAUUCUGAAAAAUGUGAAUACUGCUGAUGAUGGAACCUACCAAUGCCGUGUCUUCAUGGAAGAAACACGCUCAUGGAAGCUCAGCAUCAUCAACCUGAAUAUUUCUCUAAAUGAGAAAAACGUCACAGCUGAGUCUGGACAGAACAUCACUCUGACAUGUCGAGCUCCAAAUAACAACAUUGAUGUUUUGGAGUGGAGCAGAGCUGACCUGGACACAGAAUAUGUGCUUUUGUACCGCGAUGAGCAGUUUGAUCCAGACAACCAGCAUCCAUCUUUUAAGAACCGGGUGGAUCUGCAGGACAGACAGAUGAAGGAUGGAGACGUGUCUUUGAUUCUGAAGGAUGUGACGAUUAAUGAUGCUGGAACAUAUGACUGUCAUGUCUUCAUGAGAGGAACAAACCACAAGAACAGUAAACCCAUCAGCAGCAUCUACCUCAGGGUUGUCCCUCCAGACGAGAAAACCAUCACAGCUGAGUCUGGACAGGACGUCACUCUGACAUGUCGAGCUCCAAAUAAAAAUAUCAAAUUUGUACAUUGGAGCAGAGCCGACCUGGAGUCAGAAUAUGUCCUUGUGUACCGAGAUGAGCGAGUUUUUACAGAUCACCAGCAUCCAUCUUUUAAGAACCGGGUGGAUCUGCAGGACAGACGGAUGAAGGAUGGAGACGUGUCUUUGAUUCUAAAACGUGUGACAAGUGUGGAUGAUGGAACAUACAAGUGUCGUGUUUUCAUGGAAGAAACACGCUCAUGGAAGCACAGCAUCAUCAAUCUGACUGUUCCUCCAGACCAAAAAACCACUGUGGUUAAGUCUGGACAGGACGUCACUCUGACAUGUCGAGCUCCAAACAGCAUCUUGAUCACUGCUGUGAAGUGGAGCAGAACUGACCUGGAGCCAGAAUUUGUCCUUUUGUUCCAGGAUAGUUUGUUUGUUACAGACAACCAGCAUCCAACUUUUAAGAACCGGGUGGAUCUACAGGACAGACAGAUGAAGGAUGGAGACGUGUCUUUGAUUCUGAAGGAUGUGACAACCGCUGAUAGUGGAACAUAUGAGUGUCGUAUCUUCAUGAGAGGAACAAACCACAAGGACAGUAAACCCAUCAGUAGAGUCACACUGAGUGUUACUCCUCCAGGUAAGGCAGGAGGAGACACAGAGGAUGAAGGGAAGAAGGAUGGAUCUGUUGGGCUGAUCGUUGGUUUAACUGUUCCAGCUGUGCUUCUUCUUGCUAUUGCAGAGGACUGUACCACUUGGCUUCCUACAGAUCAUCAUGAGGAGAUUGUGAACAACAGUGAAAUAUGGAAAAGGUGGAAAGUGAUCCUGCAGCAACAUUGCGGAAGGCUACAGGGGUGUACAACGUGCUCUGCCCCUAACCCUAGAGUGGAGAAACGGAUUACAGACUACAGAAGCAAGCUUGCAAAAUAAUGUACAUAAUCUGGCAGAUAAAGGUCAUUAAGAGAGUCAAUCCUGUGUGGGAAACCUGUGUGCUCUUGUGGAAUUAUCAGAUAACGUCUUUUGUACAGUUGACAUUGUUUUGUCUGUCUGAAGAAUGCAUUUCACCAUGUAUGAGAUAAAUGAUGAGUACAAUGAUUGCUAAUACAUUCACUAACUAUAUUCUGUUGCAGCAAAGUGACGUGGGUGACAUGGCCAAAAACUGUCACGUGGUGAACUGAAUUGUGUGUAAUCUCUAUUAUCAAUUAAAGAGUGAGGCGGACAUGCAGGAAUUGGAGUUGCCUGGACAGGCGAGUGGCAACACUGCCCUCCUUGAUGCUCCCCUUGCAAGUGAAAUGUA